AUGGGAGACCAUGAAAUCCAGCUUUUCACAAAGACAGCGCCGAAAGCUAAGAAGGAAGCCCCUGCCCCUCCCAAAGCCGAAGCCAAGGCAACGGCUUUGAAAGCAAAGAAAGCAGUGCUAAAAGGCGUCCACAGCCACAAAAAAAAGAAGAUCCGCACGUCUCCCACCUUCCAGAGGCCUAAGACACUCCGAAGGCAGCCUAAAUAUCCUCGGAAGAGCUCCCCCAGGAGAAACAAGCUUGACCACUAUGCCUAUCAUCAAGUUCCCCUGACUACCAAGUCAGCCAUGAAGAAGAUAGAAGACAAUAAUACACUUGUGUUCAUUGUGGAUGUCAAGACCAACAAGCACCAGAUCAAACAGGCUGUGAAAAAGCUGUAUAACAUUGAUGUGGCCAAGGUCAACACUUCGAUCAGGCCUGAUGGGGAGAAGAAGGCAUAUGUUCGACUGGCUCCAGACUACGAUGCUUUAGAUGUUGCCAAAAAAAUUGGGAUCAUCUAAACUGAGUCCAGCUGGCUAAUUCUAAAUAUAAAAAUUUUAUACUAAAGAAAAAAAGGAAAUCCAUUUCUCAGUUUCUUUUUUUCAGUUGUUUGGCAGGGGUGGUAGAGAUA